AUGAAAUAUGGCCAGCAAUUCCCUGCAUCCUUGGUCCUGGGGCUGGUGCAGGUUUGCUUGGCCCAGGCGAAUUUUGCUCCUUAUUUCUACGACAAUGGAGCCAGCAGCACGAAUGGAAAUAUGGCCCUUUUCAGCCUUUCGGAGGACACCCCUGUGGGUUCUCAUGUUUACACACUGAAUGGAACUGACCCAGAAGGAGACUUUGUCACCUAUGGCAUUAGCUUUGAGUCCAGUUCAAGAAAUUUCUUCUCUAUUGAUCCAAACUUUGGAAAUAUCACGUUGAUUGAGGAGUUGGACAGAGAGACUGCAUUGUUCUCCUCUGCCCAUUCCUUCUUACAGAAUCUCCACACCAACAAGUUUACGAUGGAUCGUCACAGUGGAGUGCUACGCAUUAGAGCUGGAGCCACUCUAGACUAUGAGAAGUCGAGGACACAUUUCAUCACUGUCUUAGCCAAGGAUGGUGGAGGAAGUCUCCGAGGAGAUUAUGUGGUAUUCUCAGCUACCACCACCAUUACUAUCAAUGUGGAUGAUGUCCAGGACACAGCCCCCAUCUUUGUUGGCACACCAUAUUAUGGUUAUGUCUAUGAAGAUUCCCAUCCGGGUUCAGAGAUCCUGACAGUAGUUGCUGUAGAUGGUGAUCGGGGUAACCCUAACAUGGUGCUCUACAGCUUUGUGAAUGGGAGUGAUAAAGCCUUCAGGAUCAAUGAAACUACAGGAACUAUCUCUGUUAUAGUGUCCCCCAGCCAGCUCAAGAAAGAGGUAUAUGAGCUGAGAGUACAGGUGUCAGAGGUCAGUUCCAGUGGUGUCCUGGCAGCUCAAGUUUCAACUACUGUGACUAUCAGGGUAGUUGACCUCAACAACCACCCCCCAACAUUCUAUGGAGAGAAUGGACUCCAGAAUAUGUUUGAGCUGACAAUGUAUGAGCAUCCAUCUGAAGGGGAGAUUCUUCGGGGCCUCAGGAUCACAGUCAAUGACUCUGAUCAGGGAGCAAAUGCCAAGUUCAACCUGAGGCUUGUAGGGGCUGGAGGCAUCUUCCGAGUAGUUCCCCAAACUGUCUUGAAUGAAGCUCAGGUCACCAUCAUCGUGGAAAAUUCAGCUGCCAUUGAUUUUGAGAAGAUCAAGUUGCUGACUUUCAAGCUUUUGGCCGUGGAAGUGAACACUCCUGAGAAAUUCAGCUCCACAGCAGACAUUGUGAUCCACCUCCUCGACACCAAUGACAACGUCCCCAAGUUUUCCUCUGACUACUACAUUGCCCGGAUCCCAGAGAAUUCUCCAGGGGGGUCUAAUGUGGUGGCCGUCACAGCUAUGGAUCCAGAUUCGGGUCUGUGGGGUGAAGUCAAAUACUCCAUUUAUGGGGCAGGAGCAGAGCUAUUCCUGAUCCACCCUUCUGCGGGAAUCAUCUAUACUCAGCCCUGGGCUGCCCUGGAUGCUGAGGUUACCUCCAAGUACAACUUCUAUGUGAAGGCAGAAGACACAGAGGGCAAGUACAGCCUUGCUGAAGUGUUCGUCACAGUGCUUGACGUCAAUGACCACUCCCCAGAGUUUGAUGAAAACAUCCAGGAGAAGACAAUGGUCCUAGGAACCCCAGUAAAAAUUGAGGCAACAGAUCAUGAUGCAGAGGAGCCAAACAAUGUCGUAGACUAUUCCAUCAUGCAGGCAGAACCCGCCAAUGUGUUUGACAUCAACGAAAGCACUGGGGAGAUCCGGCUGAAGGCCUUUGUCCACUCUCUGGACAUCAUCCACAACAUCACCAAGAACAGAGACUGCACCUGGUCAGUGCUGGUGCAGGCCAAGGACCGAGGUUCUCCAUCCUUCAGUACCACAGCAGUGUUCAAGAUUGACAUCCUGGAUGAGACCCUGCAUAGAGGACCCAUGGCUGCCUUUCUGAUGCAAACUAAAGACAACCCCAUGAAAGCUGUAGGUGUGCUGGCUGGAGUCAUAGCCAUCAUGGUGGUCAUUACCGUUUUCAUCUCCACUGCCAUGUUCUGGCGCAACAAGAAGUCCAACAAGAUUCUACCAGUCCGAAGGGUGAUCCGAAAGAGGCCGAGUCCACCAUCCCGUACCAUCCGGGCAGAGUGGCUCAAAUUCAAGAGGUCUCAUGCAGGAGACAAAUUUGCGGUCAAGGAUGAACUGCCCAAUGAGAACCAUAACAACAACAGCUUGAUGUUCACCCCUCCUCCUACUGCACCAGCCCUGCCCCCUCCGCCCACCACCAUCCCCAAGAUCAGUCCCACGGAGUGGACAGUGCCCACAGUCUCUGGCUCACUGACUCCCAAGCACACCCGUAAGCUGCUGAAGCAAAAGGCUUUGGACAGUCCUGUCCAAUCCGCCCUUGUUUCUGAGCUCAAGCGGAAGUUUGAAAAGAAGGCUAUGGACAACAAGCCUUACUUCUGA